GGGACGGGGCGGUUCUCCGACCGGAAGCGGAAGUGGCUGCCUCGCCGACGCUGGAGUCCUGGCUGCUGCGCUCAGAGAUGGGCUCCAAGGCCAAGAAGCGCGUGCUGCUGCCCACCCGCCCAGCGCCGCCCACGGUGGAGCAGAUCCUGGAGGACGUGCGGGGGGCGCCGGCAGAGGACCCCGUGUUCACCGCCCUGGACCCGGAAGACCCCGCAGUCCCCUUCAGGAUGAUGGAGGACACGGAGGCCCCGGGGGAGCAGCUGUACUGGCAGAGCCGGGCCUACGUGGCUGACAACCAGCGGCUCCGGCAGGCGGGCGACGCACUGAGGCAGAGGUGUGAGCAGCUGCGGCGAGCCGGCGAGGACCUGGAGCGGGAGGUCGCCCAGAUGAAGCAGGCGGCAGUGCUGGGCGCCGAGGCUGCCUUUUGAGGCAGACGUAUCGGGUCCUGCAGGCCUGGGUGGUGCACAAGGUGGCCCCCUCCCAGGCUUUCCCUGUGGGUCUGUCAGCCCCAGACCGGCGUUCACUGGGCCCCAGCUGGCAUGGUUAGCAGACACGGGUCCCCUCCUGACGCUGUGGCUGCGGUUCAUCUGUCGUCCCAUUCGUGCCCAGUUGGUCGGACCCACCCAGCUGGCUGUGACCUGAGGGCCCAGUGGGAUUCCUGACAGGAUGAGGACAUCACUGUCCUGCCGGCGUUCUGCCCUCGGCUUGCGGUGCCCGUGAUCUGAGGUGGGGCCUCUGGGAGCAGGCCCCUCCUCCUUCCUCCCCAGGGACCAAGGUGUUAACCGUGAUUCCGUCCAGCGGGUGCCCACCCGGCAUCAGAGCAGCCUGAGGGCCAGCACCAGCCCGACGUCACUUCCCGGUUCUGGGCUCAGCCACGUGCCACGUCAGUCUUCACAACCACCCUGGGCUGCUGGGGUCACCCAGAGCAGCAGCACUGAGGCCUGGCCAGGCUCCCCGGCUCCCCGGCCCGGCUGGCCCCCAGGCCCUGCUGUUGCUGGGGCAGCUCAGUCACCGGCCAGGAGCCCAGGGAGUCGGGCCUCACAGCCACCCUGGCGGCUGGAGCAGGUCCUGGGCCUGCUCCCUGCGGGUUCUGGCCCUCCCAGGGGAAGGGGCGCUAGGGUGGCAGAGGGUCUUGCCAAGGGCUUUUCAUCUUGUAUGUCAGCUGGAGUGGAAACCUGGACAGGUGCCCCCGAGGCCAGCCCUGCACAUAAACGCCUUCCUGUGUGUG